UCACUCCUGCUUCAUUUCCCAGUUCAGUUUGUGUAUUUAUGUUCCUUCCCCGCACUGUCAUCUCCGCUUCACCAAACGUCACACAAUGCAACCAGGUACUGUUGUCCUAGCAACCGCCAAACUCAUCUAUUGGAUUGCCAGACAGAGAAGCAUGAUCAGUCACUCCAGAGAACACAUCUUCACUGCUCCACAGGCCAGUGGUGGCGUGCUUUAUACCACUGAAUCUGAAGCUUUGCAUUGUGCUUGGUGAUGUAAGGCUUGGAUGCAGCUGCUCAGCCAUGGAAACCCAUUCCAUGAAGAUCUCUGCUGUUCUUGAGCUGAAGGCCACACAGAGUUUGGAGGUUGGUAACUAUUGACAGACAGUAGUGACUUCUGCACACUGUGUGUCUCAGUAUGCAUUGUCCCCGCAUGUCUUACAUGGACUAUCCACUUCGUGGCUCAGUUGCUGCUGUUCCCAGUUGCUCACACUUUAUUAUAAUACUACUAACAGUUGACCGUGGAAUAUUUAGUAGUGAGGAAAUUUCACAAAUGGAUUUAUUGCACAGGUGGCAUCCUUUCAAGGAACCAUGCUUUUCCAAUGAGCUGAGAGUGACCCAUUCUUUCGCAAAUGUUUGUGGAAGCAAUCUGCAUGCGUAGGUGCUUCAUUUUAUGCACUAUGGCUAUGGAAGUGAUUGGAACACCUGAAUUCAAUGAUUUACUAAUUGUCUGAUGUUCCAAACCUGCCCCUCUUGUUAGCCUGUUGUUAGUCUGUCAUUGCCCGUGUUAAUCUCUCCUACUGUAGGUUUGUUCCUGGUGACAGAUUCCCUUGGUAUGUUAGUUUAUUUUUCCUUUUUCAUCGUUCCUCAUGUUUAGUUCUCAUCCCUUAUGGUCCCUUUUGUGUUGUAUUUUUGUUUAAUAAACCCGUUUUGUCUUGCAACCGCUAAGUGGAUCGUCCACCAUAUUUUCCCAGAGUGCACCAUGACCUGCGUCCAUAAUGAAAGUAUAAACAAUAACAAAGCAAGGAGGUCUUUACAGUGGCUUGUGAGCAUGCUGGGAUAUGCAAAUCCUGCUGGUGCCACAAUAUAUCAUGUCUUCUGUAAUAAGGUUUUCUUGUUUCCAUUAACCAAUGGGCCAGUCAUUGGGUAUGCUUAUAAUCAAAGCAACUGUGCUUUGUUUAUAAUCUGAACAUAUUAUAACACCGAAAUAUUUACUUUGCCAUAGUGUGCAUAAGGUCUAUGACUACUUUGAAACACACGAGGGAGUGUGGCUACAGUCUAGGACAUCAGGCGGAGGAAGCUCUUGUGUCACUAUUGAGUCAAGCAUUACCAAAAAAGGACCUGGAAAAAGGAAGUAUGACUCUGAAUGUAUAUAAGAGAUAAAAAGCACUGUUUUGACAAGCCAUUGUAGAUGUCCUCUGUGGUCAUUGUUCACAAGGGAAAGCAGACAAGCCAUUUCCUACAGUAUGGAGGAGCCGUUUGACUUGGAAUAUCCCAAUGACUAUGAAAAUUACACCUAUGAUAAUUACACCUCUGAAAACACAACAUUGGAUCAUGUUGUUUUUCAUCACCAUAGAUCCUGCAGGAAUGACCUUUCGUGCAUAAUUGUCACUAUAGUCAAUACCAUCAUCUGCUUACUGGGGAUUUUUGGGAAUGGUGUUGUCAUCUGGAUUGCUGGGCUCAAAAUGGUCAAGACUGUAAACACAACCUGGUAUCUCAGCCUGGCGAUCUCCGACUUCCUGUUCUGCCUUUUCCUCCCUAUAAAUACUGCAUAUAUGGCCACCCAAAACUGGAUCUUUGGACUCUCCAUGUGCAAGAUCGCCUCCUUUGUAAUGUUCCUCAACAUGUUCAGCAGCAUCUUCCUGCUGGUCUUCAUCAGUAUUGACCGUUGUGUGUCUGUGGUGUUCCCAGUCUGGUCACAAAACCAACGGACAGUGAGGAAGGCAUUUAUCAUGGUUACCUUGGCCUGGAUUGUUUCCAUUGCUCUGAGCUCUCCUUCAGCAGUUUUCCGAAAAACUAAAGUCGAGGGAGGAAAAACUAAGUGCUACAAUAAUUAUGAGCUGUCCUCCAACCACUCUGCUGUUGUCUUCAGUCGGUUUGUGUGUGGGUUUCUGUUGCCUUUUCUAAUCAUUAUCUCUUGCUAUUCUGUCAUCAUUUGUAAACUUAGAAGCAGCCGAAUGACUAAGUCUUCCAAACCAUUCAAGGUCAUGUCUGCACUGAUAGCAGCAUUCUUCAUUUGCUGGUUGCCCUACCAUACAUUUAUUCUGCUGGAGCUAAACCAUAAUCACCAUAACAUUGAGUUUUUAAAAGCUGGCUUAACUUUGGGCACCAGUUUUGCUAGUGCUAAUAGUUUUUUGAACCCUAUUCUGUAUGUUUUCAUGGGCAAAGACUUCAAGCAUAAGUUCAAGAGCUCUUUGAUGUCAAAAAUAGAGAAUGCAAUGGGGGAGGAGGUUCGUACGACCAGCCGUUACUUUUCCAGGUCCAGUUCAAUGGAUGGCAGAGCCUCCGCCCACCUCUGAGGCAAGAGGCUGAGGACUAUUUACAGGGGGCAGUCAUGCACCAUGCUGAUGCAUUGACACCUCUCAAGAUGUGGUUUAACUGCUUCAAAGGCAUCAGCCAGACAGACUCGGUCCAUCUGAAUUGAAAAUGUAUUUUCGCACUCAUGGCAGAAAAGACCAUGGACUGAAAUGACUGGUUUAGUACAAUGGGGAACAUAGACCUAAGACAAGCAGGAAAAACAUUUUUAAUUUUCACCAUUCAUUAGAUUACUUAUCCUAAAUCGCUAUGCUAUCAGUUUGUAUUUCUUGUGCAAAAGGCAUGCAUUUCCUUUAAGUCACUGUAUGACAGCAUGUGGGGAAAUUUUUUUUAUAACGCACUUUGUUUUGUUACAGUAUUAUCACUUUGUGUCUCAAUAUAAAUGUGAACUGUAAACUGUAAAGCGAAAUAUUUGACUGGCAGUAUACCACAA